AUGAAUUCAUUUCCAAUAGUGCAAUCGGUGGACCAAAAUUUAUCAUGCAAGGCAGUAGGAAUAAGUGAAAUGCUAGACUCUCAACAGAAUGAUAGGAAAGUGGCACAAUCAAAGAACUUAAAAUUCGCAUUCAAACAGGCUGGCCCAAAAAAAGUGUUCCAUUGCGAGAAGCAGAGUGAUUUCCAAUCCCAAGAUACCUGUGCCAGUGAGGAAGUGCUGGAAGAAUCACACGAGAAGAGCAAUUUGGAACUUGAGGAUAUUUACGAGGAAGUAUUUCGCUUAAAGCGGCGCAUUGGUCGACUUAAUUAUCAACUUGGUACCAAUAUACUGGAAUGCCCAAACAUAGAUCUCUGCCAGGGUGAUCAAAUAUUUUUAACGAAUUCGGCGAAAAUUCACCCUGAUAUUCUUCAGAUAAAGAUUGCGAGCCAUAAACUAGAGCAGCAACUGACUCAGAUGCAAUCCGUCACAAAAUCAUCAAGUCUGGCCAAACAAAUGGCACGGAAUGACUAUUGCAGAAUCCAGAAGUUAGGUGAUCAGUUGCACAUUGGCAUUCAGAAACUAGAAUCCUUUAAGCUCAAAUUCGAAAAGCAUCAAGGACUAUGUCUUCAACGGUUUAGGUUCUUAAACGAAAAUAAGUUUAGUGGCAGGGAGUUCAAAGAAUAUAUAGAAAAAAGUAAUGAAAUGAUAAGAACUCACCUCAACAAGCAGAUAUUAAAAAAUGAAUAUAUACCUUUUCGAAAGGAAGCUGCCAAAGUGACAAUUUCUUUAAAAAAGUCCGCUGAAAAUUUGCAAGAUCACCUCUCAAACGUGAUAAAUAACAAAAAACACGAAAUGUUCCAGAACCUAAAAAAUUCCAGUGUAUCCAUUCGUUCAGACCUUUAAUAUUUAUAUGUUUUUUCGAACAUCAUUUUGGUUUACUUCAAGGCGGCAGCACCAGGCAUCUGUGCAUAUCAUUAAGCCUCCCAAGCUCUUGUAUCACCGGCGCACAGAGCUACUUAGUUCAUCGACAAUAAACCCACAAAGCCCUCUUUAAAUUGUUCAAUUUGUCAGGAUCCACGGGCCGGCCCUCCAUAUGCGAGUUCCUUGAUUAUGCUGGUCAUCGGAGGAGUCGAAUCCACGUGGCGGCAUCUGCCACAAAUGGUGGUACUCAACUGUACAUUGACUAGGAAGGGCAUGUAUUUUCUUACAAGCAUCCUGUAGGCCAACAAGGGAAAAUAAUAUAAAAAGUGUUCUUAUUUCUAUAUAUAUAUUUUUUGUACGCUACUGAUAUAUGUAAGAAAUGGUAAAUA